AUGACCCUCGUAGGAUUUUGCGAUUCUUCCGAGCAAGGAUAUGCUGCAGCCGUCUAUCUUUACAUCCGCUCGGACUCGUGUCAUUGUUAUUCACAUUUAUUGAAAGCAAAAACUAAAGUUGCUCCUCUCAAGGUCAUGUCAAUCCCUCUUCUAGAACUUUGUGCUGAUCUACUGUUCGCUCAACUAGUUAAAUCAGUACAAAUGGCAAGCUUACCGAUUUUGGUAACCGCUUCUACUUUAUUCUCUGAUUCCCAGAUAGUUCUGUUUUGGAUAUUGACUCCGCCCCACCUUCUGAAAACAUUCGUGGCAAAUAGGUUAGUGUCAAUUUCUGAAGCUGUUCCUCUUGCAACUUGGGCGCACAUUCCUUCAGCUUUAAAUCCUGCUAAUUUGCCUUCACGCGGAUUAGGUCCCGAAUUAUUCAUUGUUCCUGAUACGCUAAAAUUCUGGCUUCGAGGCCCCGACUUUUUAGUCCAAGCUGCUUCCGCCUGGCCGCCUCCAUUUCGGCUAAAUAGAAAACUUGCUUCCUCACUUCCCGAAUUAAAACAGGAAAAUGCAUGUUUCCUUGCCGAAUCUAAAUUGACUAACCCUCUCAUCGAUGAGAUUGAACGGUUCUCUACCUUUAUUCGUUUACGCCGAGUCUUUGCUUGGGUUAAACGAUUCCUUCACAAUUCGCAAGCUCGACGUAACCGACUUGAACCUAAAACUGGCCCUCUCACUCCUGACGAGCUCGACGAGUCACUAUUCGUGAUAGUUAAGAUCACUCAGAAAUUCUAUUUUAAUGCCGAACUUGAGAUGUUGAAAGGCAAAGGCAAAAUUUCCCCCAAAGUGCAAGCCUUGACACACUUUAUCGAUGAACGUGGUCUUCUCAGGGUGGGCGGAAGACUCUCCCAAUCUACGCUCGUUCGUGAGUCCAAGCAUCCUGUACUUUUGCCGAAAGUUUCCCAUUUGUCUUGA